AUUGACGAGAACACGCACGUAGCUGUCAGUAGGAAAUGCAGGCUGCUGGUGUUGGACUUACCCCGACCGCUGUGCUUGGAUACAUUAAACAAAGAAAGUCAAUUUAGUUUCAGAAUGAAAACUAUUAUUUCGAAGCUCGCUUGCAUUUGGCGAGAAUCGUCUCAGCAAAAUGUUUAAAUGAGGCAACCGAAACAAUCUGCCAGCUAGCUAACAGAACACUAUCGGCGCUAAUGCUAAUAGGUACAUUAAGCUAACUUAGGUUAGCUGGUAACUUAGCCAGCAAAGCUCGCCGAUUUCAAGCUCGCCUGCGCUUCCAGGUCCUCGCCCCCGUUCAGCGGGUUCCUGCCGUGGUCUUCAUCUUUUUUUUCCUCGUUACUUCAUUUCACUGAGGAGGAGGUUGCGGAACCGGAGCAGUGGCGGGGGGAGCGUACGGAUAGGAACGACCCCCCCCCUGGACGUCCAGGCGGACAGAUCACAGUGACACGCCGGUUGUGGAGAUCAGAGUGGAAUCAUGGCCGAACUCUUCAUACUAUCCCCAUCAACCCCUGCGUUGGGUGAACCUCAUGCAGUUCCAUCCAUGCCUCCAUCCUCAUCGGCACACCCUGCUACCAACAGCCUUGCUCCAGAGUCUGCCAGGGAGACGUCCACACCUAAGUCUUCCCUCUACAAUGACAAAGCUUUGACUGGAAACCCUCCUGCAGCACAAUCAGAGAGCUCAUCCAUUACUCCCCACCCAUCCCUGAGUCCUCUAAAACUCACUGCUGAGACCCCCCUCACAUUAUUGGUACACAAGGCUGCUCCACAAACAGAGGACUCAGGAGGAAAAGUUGCAGAGACUGGAGCUAAUGUUAUUAAGCAGCAAACGAUGAUCUGUGACUCACCAGCUGUAGAGCCCUUUAAUACUGAAAAUGAAACCCCAGCACUGUCAAGUGAGCCAUCAGCUCAGAGUGAGGUGCAACAGGCACCCUCCUUUCCUGAUCUCGAUCCUGGUCCUAAUCUCUACCCCAAUGUGCAUGUCACACACAAUCCAAAUCCUGUCAUGGAUGACGGUCAAUUUACAGCAGGCCACCCCCCCGAACCCCGAAUCGCUUCCAUUCCCAUGCCUGCUCCCACAGAAUCCGCCGAUACGGCAGCAUCAUCAACAGCCGAAGAGGAGAAACCUCAGCCACUUCAACAAGCACAAAACCCUCAAAGUCAGCCUCCUCCAGUCUCUCCAAAGCCUGACACUCCCAGUGAAGCAAUGAAAGCAGAACUGCCCAGCACUCCCACAAGAGCCGAACACCCCAGCCCGACUGUUCCACUGAUCCAAGAGCCAGCCUCUGCCUUCCCGCUGCCCAACCCCAAACCCCGGCCGGCCCCUGACACCCUCAGCUACCUAGAGUCAGCCAGCCUGAUGUCGGGGACAUUGGAGUCUCUAUCUGGGCUGGGAGAGGACGGCAGCUCUGUGGGCUCAGACUCAGAGGUCAAUGGCAUGUCUGUCAGACGCAUUGAUAAAUAUGGCUUCCUAGGUGGGAAUCAGUACAGUGAAACAGGUGAGAAGGAAGUUCGAGUUGAAGUCGCCAGACAAAGGGAGGUAAAAUGGCUUGAUAUGUUCUGCAACUGGGAUAAAUGGAUCAAACAUCGCUUCCAGAAGGUGAAGUUGCGCUGCAGGAAGGGGAUUCCAUCUUCUCUCAGAGCCAAAGCCUGGCAGCUGCUGUCAAACAGCCAAGAGCUCCUGGAUGCCAACCCUGGAAAAUUUGAGGAGCUGGAGAGAGAGCCAGGAGAAGCUAAAUGGCUGGACAUUAUAGAGAAAGAUCUCCACAGACAGUUUCCCUUCCAUGAGAUGUUUGCUGCUCGUGGUGGCCACGGGCAACAAGACCUGUUCCGGAUACUGAAGGCCUACACCAUUUACCGGCCUGACGAGGGCUACUGCCAGGCCCAGGCUCCUGUGGCUGCAGUGCUGCUCAUGCAUAUGCCUGCUGAGCAAGCUUUUUGGUGCCUCGUCCAGAUAUGCGAGAAGUAUCUUCCCGGCUACUACAGCGCUGGACUGGAGGCGAUCCAGCUGGAUGGUGAGAUCUUCUUCUCCCUGUUGCGGCGUACGUGUCCAAUGGCGUACCGUCAUCUUAAGAAGUUCAAGAUUGACCCGAUUCUCUACAUGACUGAGUGGUUCAUGUGCAUCUUCUCACGCACCUUGCCAUGGGCCAGUGUUCUGCGUGUGUGGGACAUGUUCUUCUGUGAAGGGGUGAAGAUAGUGUUUCGUGUGGGACUGGUGCUACUGAAACAGAUACUCGGCUCUGUGGAUAAACUGCGGGAACUACAGGGCAUGUAUGAAACCAUGGAGCGUCUUAGGAACAUUUCACCCGAUGCUAUCAGAGAGGAAAUAUUGGUACAGGAGAUUAUCAUUCUCCCGGUGACGGAGUCGCUCAUAGAGAGGGAGUGCAACGUCCAGGUGAGGAAGUGGAGGGAAUCCAGAGGGGAGCUGACACACCAGCCGGCCCGCCGCCUCCACGGUACGAGGGCCAUCUUCGACUACAAACGCCGCGCUGCCUCCAUCAGCUCCGGCGGCAGCUUCUCCUUCCUGGGAAGCUCGAUCCCGGCGCCAGGACCCCUCAGGGCCUCCUCCAGCCUCCUCUCACUCCCUGGCUUCCGCAGGUCCAAGGCUCCCUUCCACUCUCAAACCAAGAAGGGCUCCUUCUCGGGGCCCUCAGGGAUGCAGGGCCUGACGCAUCAGUCGCCAAGCCCGGAUCGAGGCCCCAGUAGUAAACCACCUAUUCCUCCAGGGGCCGUUCAGAGAGCACCGGUACCCCACAUUCGGAGCCCCUUAGUCAGAGGUGCAUCUGGUUCAUCAUGUGGUCCUGCUCAGGCCUCAGAAGUCACCCCAGCACAGGGCCAGCCUGCUGCUUCGGCCCCAACACAAAGCGCAGCACCACCGCCGCCCAGCACUCUAGCCCCCUCCCCGAAGAUCGUCUCUGAGCAAAUCACUCCCACCAUCCCCUCUCCGACGGCAAACAACUCCCCUCUUCCGCCAAUUGCCGAUUCAAGAAAAGAAGCGGUGCCGGCGGCUGACGUCGCAACUGGAGAGGAAGAGGUGAAGAAGAAGAAGAAGAGCAAAGACGUCAAGAAGAAGGAAAGGGAAGACGAGAAGAAAAGAAUGAAGGAAAAGAAAGACAAGGACAAGGCAGAAAAAGAGAGGCUCAGGAAGGAUAAAGAGAGGCUAGAAAAAGAGAAGAAGAAAGGGGGGAAGAAAAAGGACAAAGGGGGAGGAGACGUCGAGGACAAGAAUGGAGCUGCAGCAGCAAGAGAUUCGGCCUAGUUCCCUCACUCGUCAUUCCAGGACAAUGAGAAGGGACGCUGAACAACAAAAGAGGUCAGGGGAACAAAAGACCCGACACGCAGAGAGUGAUUAAUAUAAAUAAAACGGGGUGGCUUCCUAACGCGUCAUUUCAAAAACCUAAUGUAGUCCCAGGACUAUGGUGGAGAAAACUGGAUCAUAGUUUUAAUAGCACCCAGAGAGGCUUUUUGGCCCCUCGCUUAAUGCUUUAUUUUUCACCAAGUUUUAGUAAGAUGGGACACAUUUUCCUUUUUUCAACUGGAGCAUAGGCUGUACAUUACAGAUUACAGUCUUUAUUUCUAUUAGUUUUUUUUAUUUUGAAAUUAUUUGUUGUUUUUUAUUUUAACGGAUUGCAGUGUUUAGAGAAACAUUGACUCAAAAGAUUGAACUGAAGGUUUGCAGAAAUAGUUCUGGUGCCAUAGAGUAUGUAAAUAUGAAGUCUAACUACAGCACAUAGGAUCCUGUUAGCGCUCCACGUGCCCCAUCAUUUCUUCUCCGUGGAACUUGUUAUCUGGAUGCCUGCGACAAAAAGAAAAGAAAACCAUUUGAAGUCGUCUCAAACACAGGCACUGAAGGCAGAAAUGCUAGUAAUGUUGUUGAGGAUGUAUUUAUUGUCAUGUUAAAUGUUGUGAGUGAGUGUGUGCCUUAGUAGUGUAGUGACAUGUGUUACUGUUCAGUGUGUGGCCUCCCUGUUUUCAGUCUCCCUCUGGCUGCUUUUUUCUUUCUUUCUAUCCCUGAGUGGUUUUCCCCAAAUUCUUCUUGCAGUGGAAUAAAUCUAAAGGGGGAAAUGGAGCGAUGUACAAAAGCGUAAAGAGGGAGAACAUUAAGAAUACAACCAGGCACCAUAAAGUGUACGGGUGUUUUAUUUUUUUUGUCUCUGACAAAAGAAAACACAGGGAGAAUUUUCUUGUUUUUAUUUCAAUUUGUGUGUCUGAGGUCGAUUAUUUUUUUUGUGCAUACAAAGCAGGUGCAACAAUAAUUGAUAAGCUGGUUGCGUGAAAAAAACUCGCAAUACCGAGCACCAGCAGUGACUGCGCACGAGUCCUGCAGACCAAAUCUGUAAAAUGAAUAUUAUUUUGCUUUUGACUACUUAUUUAGCCAAAUUUCAGCAUGGGUAAUAACUUGAGUUCAUUAACCGAUUAGAAUGUGAUUUCAAGUAUCUAAAAGAGAAUGAAGGAAGAUUUUUGCACUUGUGAUUUGGUCUCAAAGUACCACUGAACUCGACCUCCCCGUUAGUGUCGGGACGUAGAAAAGGAGUCUCAGUCGUGUGAAAUCUGCCUCGAGGACCUAUAGGAAGCCACUGGACUGGAGGUGCCAGGUGUGCCAAUGUAGCAUUAACCUCUGAUCUUUGACCUUCGGGCUCUGGUGUAUUUAUGUACAAAGUGGUUAAUUUAAUCAAAUAUAGUAUAUUAUGAAUUAUUAUUAUUAUUAUUAUUAUUAUUUUCCAUCCGACUAUUUUUCUAUGUAAGAGACGCCUGGUUGACUGGAACGAUGGCCGACUACACGCACUGUAGUCGCAGGGGGAUCAUCUUAAGUGUUUUAUUUUUCAUUUAUUUUAUUUUCACGCCAAGUCCUCUGCUUCUACACAACAAAACUCGAUGCAUGUCUUUGCUUUUAUUUAACUUUACUGUCACUGUUGGUUAGGUCAACGUAAGGUUCACGAGUCUCCAGUUAACUGAAGGGCAGUAUUAAACAGACUUGAGUAGAAAGACGGGCCUCCGACAGAACAAAAAGGCCAGAUGACGGGUUCAGACCGAUUUUUUGGUAGUUGAAGGUCUUAAUCGUACUGUAUAAUAUACUAAGAAGUGAUUUAUGAGUUUUGAAUAGUUCUUUAAUUCGAGAUCUUGAGUAUGUCUGUCUCACCAAGUUGUGUCGUAACAUUCAAGAUGACUUAUGGACUAACUCCCUAACUAUUUACACUCAGUGUUCUGUACUGUAACAUAUUUAUGCACACAUUAAACUGCACUAAACCCCAUCAGUAUAUGAUGAAUAGUGCCGGUUAGUUAGUGUAAAACCAUUUGAUGGCAAAAAAAAAAAAAA